GAAGAAAACUGUACUUUAGCGCGCUUGCUAGGUGCUAUUUUGUUUUUAAUGAUAGCUGCUCACACCAUUCAGAAGGCCAGUGUUGUGCCCAUCACAGAUUUACCCACUCAUCAAAAUGACAGGAUACCCAUGAAGAACCAGACGCAGUUACAGGCCAGUUUUGUCACAGAGCCAAGGCGUGGUCAUUCCUGUAGCUGUCCAUCCUGUGUAGCACAGGGGUGUGUCGAGUGGUUUGACCAACAUUAUGAUCACAAACAGCAACCUUACCUCACCGGCAGGGAUGAUGACAUAGAUCCACUUUCUCUGAAGUGGUGGCUGUCUUUGCAGGCAUCUGAUGGAAUGAUCAAGGACAUCACCCAGAAGAUGUUUAAGAUCAUCCCUCCACAUGAGAAUGAAAAGCCACAGCAGUACCAGUGCCGGAAGUGUGCAGUUAUUGGAAACUCUGGGAAUCUGUUGAAGUCCAAACACGGAGACUUGAUCAAUUCCACUCAAAUGAAUAAGGCUGUAACUGUGGGCUUUGAAGGGAUGUUGGUAGCAGACACCACCCACCACUUCAUCCCAGAGAGUGCGAUCGAUUUGAGACCCGGUGUCCAUCUCGUCCUCCUUCCCUUCAAACUGAAAGACAUGCAGUGGUUCAGCGCCCUUUCCACAGGAGAAAUCAAAGGAGCGUACAUGAGGUAGAAAAAUCUUGUGAAGCUGACAAAGACAAGAGUGAUAGUUAUAAAUCCAGCCUUCUUUAAGUACACACAUGACAAAUGGACGGAGCGUCAUGGAAGAGUACCCUUCCACGGGAUAGUAGCCAUUAUAUUUGCUCUGCAUCACUGUGAUGAGAGGUUUGUGUCAGUGUUUGGAUAUGGGGCAGACAAACAAGGAAACUGGCACCACUACUGGGAGUACAACAGUCGCGGCGCCUUUGAAAGGACAGGCGUCCACAGCGAUUUGAGGGCCGAGAUCAUACAGAGGAGGCGCUCAGCAAAGAGGGCAAAUCAAACUGUACAGAUGAGCCUGUAA